GAAGAAGCCCACACAUGUGACAGUGAACUGCUGGUUCUGCAAUCAGGACACAGUAGUGCCAUAUGGGAAUCGCAACUGCUGGGAUUGCCCCAACUGUGAACAGUACAAUGGGUUCCAAGAGAAUGGAGACUACAACAAGCCCAUCCCUGCUCAGUAUAUGGAACACCUUAACCAUGUUGUAUCAGGUGCUACAACUUUCUGUGAUCCUACCAAACCGCAACAGUGGGUGAGCAGCCAAAUUCUGCUUUGCAAGAAAUGCAACAACCAUCAAACCACGAAGAUCAAACAGCUGGCUUCGUUCUCACCAAGGGAGGAGGGCAAAUAUGAUGAGGAGAUUGAGGUGUAUAAGCACCACCUGGAGCAGACCUACAAGCUGUGCCGUCCAUGCCAGGCUGCUGUGGAGUAUUACAUAAAACAUCAGAAUCGGCAGCUCCGGGCGCUGCUGCUCAGCCACCAUUUCAAACGCCGUGAGACAGACAAGAACUAUACUCAGAAUUUAUGUUCAUCCUCCUCUUCAGCUUCCAUAAGCACACCAGCUCAGGUGAUAUUCCUGCGGUUCUUGGCCUUCCUCAGCUGUGCGUUCCUGGUUCUGAUGGCCUUGUAUGGAUCAGGCGACCCCUUCUCACUCAGUGCGGCAGUUCCUGCACCUGUCUCCUCUGGUCCAAUAUCUAUUUGGAACAGGACUGGUACAAACUCACAUGCAGACUUGGAAAAUGACACUUCCGUGACAGUGGCAGGCUGGCAGGAGCUGCUCCACAUGCUCCCAGAACAGAUGGUAGAGAACCUGAGUGCUGCGUGGGCUUAUGGGAAGAAUCACCAGAUGGCAGUCGCUGUCCUUGGCCUGUUCACCUGCCUGUUGGCCAUGUUCUUAGCUGGGCGGAUCAGGCUCCGGAGAAUUGAUGCAUUUGCUUCAGUCUUGUGGUUCGUAGUGAUGAGUCUGCAUUUAGCUGAGAGGUACCUGAAGACAGAAACACCCAACUGGCUAGACACAGCCAAAUUUGGCACCACAUCCCUGUGCUGCUUGGUGGGCUUCACCGCAGCAGUGGCCACGCGGAAAUCAACGGGCCAUCGGAGAUACCGGCCCCGAAGGUACCUUUCUGGGGAUUCGAUUACUCUCUUUCCCAGCGGCACUGGCACUGGCUUCCCUUCCUCUCCUACGUCUCUCUUUGUCCCAACACCACCCAGUAUUCUCCAGCUGACGAACCAACAGCUCUUCAGAUCCCCACGCAGAACAACUUCUUCCUCUCUUCCUGGUCGUCUCAACAGGGCGCUCUCGCUGGGUACCAUCCCCUCCUUGGCCAGAGCAGAUUCUGGCUACUUGUUCAGCGGAAGUCGACCAGCCUCGCAGUCUUCUCAGUCCAAGGAAUCUCCCACAUCAGAGCACUUCUCCCUGCUGUCAGGCAGCUGUGCGCCCUCCCGCAUCCCCUCUCCAGCACCAUCGGUGGCUGGCUCUGUGACCUCCAGCUCUGGUUCCUUGCGGUACCGCCGGCCACUUAUCAGCCCUGCCCGCCUGAACCUGAAAGGACAGAAGCUGCUGCUUUUUCCAUCUCAGAAUGAGGGUCUGCUCACCCCAACUAGCUCAGAGGAGCACACCCACUCAGACAGCAACAUCUUCACCACUGAGUUGUCCUCCUUUCCAAAGAAGAACCUCAGGGAGCGAGGAAUGCAUGAUAUGAGAUCUGCUGUGGAAGGCGGGAGUAUUUGCAGCGAUAAUUCCAUCAAAAAGGAGGAUCACUCAUCACACUCAUCUACCUGUGUGGUAGACACAACUACCAAAGGGGAAGAUUUGGCAGGCUGGAGAGGUCAUUUUGGUAACUCCGCUCUCCGAGGUCUGCUAGCCGUGAGUCUGACUCUCAAUGCUAUCUUCACAUCAGCCUAUGUCUACCGGAGCCUGCGUUGA